GUCUUGAAACCCAAAAUGAAAUUAAAUUAACUUACGAGAAAUAUGGAUAUAAUAGAUUCGAUAUUCCUGUGCCAACUUUUCCUGAAUUAUUCAAAGAACAUGCCGUUGCGCCAUUCUUUGUCUUUCAAUUAUUUUGUGUUGGAUUGUGGGUUAUGGAUGAAUAUUGGUACUAUUCGGUGUUUACACUCUUCAUGCUUGUAGUGUUCGAAUCUACUGUCGUCUUUCAGGAAGAUAGUGGUGUUCCUUGUGAUAUGAUACUUUUACAAGGUUCUUGUAUUGUGAACGAGGCGAUGCUGUCUGGUGAAUCGACGCCACUAUUGAAGGAAUCAAUUGUUCUUCGUGAUGGCAAUGACGAACUUGAUAUGAAUGGCAUUGACAAAAAUAGCAUGCUGUUUGGAGGUACAAAGGUCCUACAAGUAACUCCUCCUCAACAAGAUAUUCUUUCUGCUCCGGAUAAUGGAUGUAUUGCCUAUGUUAUUCGCACCGGAUUUGGAACUGCUCAGGGGAAACUCGUGCGUACAAUGGUGUAUACUAUUUAUUGCACUGAACCAUUCAGGAUUCCUUUUGCCGGAAAAAUUGAUGUUUGUGCUUUCGAUAAAACUGGUAACUUAACUGGUGAAAAUCUUGAAGUCGAAGGAAUUGCUGGAAUACAUCCCGAAGAUUCGAAGAUUUUGGUAAAACCACCGGAUGCUUUACGGGAAUCAAUCCAAACCCUGGCUGCCGCACAUGCUUUAGUCAAAUUAGAUGAUGGCAUCGUCGGCGAUCCUAUGGAAAAAGCCACGUUGGAAGCGUUGGAUUGGAAACUUGGCAAAGGCGAUACUGUUAUUCCUGCGAAUCAACAAUCGCAACGCUUUCAACAAAGAUCACAAUUACAAAUUCGUCGCAGAUUUCAAUUUUCAUCCGCACUUAAGCGUAUGUCAAGUGUCUCGACAAUUCCAACAUCCCGUUUUAAAAAAACUUUUGUUGCGGUUAAAGGCGCACCCGAAACAUUGCGUAAUAUGUACGUUUAUGUACCUGACGACUAUGAGGAAACAUUCAAGUUUUUUAUGCGUAGAGGAAGUCGAGUUUUGGCUCUGGGAUACAAAUAUUUAAAAGAUAAUAUGAAUAUGGAUGAGGUUAUUAUGAUCACUGGAGAUAAUCCUUUAACAGCAUGUCACGUAGCACGCGAAGUGAAAAUUCUCGAACGCGAUGUAUUAAUUCUUGAUCUUCGCGAAGAUGCCCAGAAUAAUGAUGUUGAUGAGAAAGUCAUUAUACCUGUCAAUCCUGCAGAACCAGUUGAUCUAUCAGUUUAUCGUGACUACGACCUAUGUAUAACAGGUGCAGCGCUAGCAUGUUAUGAAAACAAGCCCUCUGUAAAAGAUCUACUAGUCCAUACGUGGGUGUAUGCACGUGUUUCUCCAGGGCAAAAGGAAUUUAUAUUGACUGGCCUUAAGCAAGCUGGAUAUAUUACAUUGAUGUGUGGUGAUGGGACAAAUGAUGUUGGUGCUCUUAAGCAAGCUCAUGUCGGCGUUGCGCUUCUUGAUGGCAAACCCGAAGAUCUUAAGAAAAUUGCUGAACACCAACGAAUACAGAGACUUAAAGAUGUAUAUGAAAGUCAAUUAAAAUUUACUUCGAGAUUUAACAUGCCACCUCCACCCCCGCCACCAGCAAUUGCACAUUUAUUCCCACAUAUUACACAACAACUUCAGCAACAAAAUAAUGCGGGACAAGGUCAAAGACGACCUCCUCCUCAGAUGGAUCAACUCGCGGAACAUCUUUUACAAGACUUCGAUGAUGAACCACCUACCAUUAAACUAGGAGAUGCAUCAGUAGCAGCGCCUUUUACAUCUAAGCUUUCAAAUGUGGUAGCAACUUUAAAUUGUUUAAUCUCUGCAUACAGUCUGAGCGUGUUAUAUUUGGAAGGAAUUAAAUAUGGCGAUUUGUAA